UGCAACGAAGCUGUAGAGAGAGAGACAGAGAAAAAGAUACGAAUGCGAGACCAAACUCUUCUCUUCUGUCGCGGAGUUUGCAUACUGCAUAUGGUACCUGUCGUUGCUACAAAAGCUCGAGGAAGUUCUGUCAGUAUGAAGGAAACACGGGUUCUGAUGUUGUUACUGUUUCUGUCUGUGACUUCUGCCCAGUGUCCAGAACAUGGUAAUCUACAACAGGAUGCAGGCAAUGUGCAGGCAGGCUAUGAGUCAGGUCCUCCAGUGACCCAGCUCAGGCAGUCUAAAGAAGCUAUCUGCAACUUGAUUGCUUCUAAGGAUUCUACAGUUUCUGGACAAAUACAUCUGUCCCAGUCUUCCCAGAAUGAUCCAGUUGCAAUAAGUGUUACAGUACAAGGACUGAAUCCACCAGGACUACAUGGUUUUCAUCUUCAUCGUGAUGGCAACACUGGUGAUGACUGUAAAGCAGCUGGCCCCCAUUUCAAUCCAUACAAUCAUACCCACGGUGCACCAGAAGAUGAAAUUCGCCAUGCAGGAGACUUCGGAAACAUACUGGCAGAUCAACAUGGCAAUGCUUCUCACCAGAUAAAUGACAGUCACAUCUCACUGUAUCCUGGAAAUGUGGCUUACGCUGUGGGACGUGCUUUUGUGGUCCAUGCAGGCAGAGAUGAUCUUGGAAAAGGUGGCAACGAAGAAUCUCUCAAGACUGGGAAUGCCGGAGGUCGACUUGCUUGCUGUGUUGUAGAAGCAGUCAACAACUAAACCACCUAGAAGAUAAAUGAAAUGAGAAGGGAAUUGUGUAAUUCUUUUCAUGAAACCAAACUCACUGUUAUUAUGCUUCACAUGUAUAUUGUUACAGGUUUGAGGGGUAACCAUAUUACAUCUAUAAAAUGAAGAAACACUUCACAAUUCAGAAGUUCAGAAGACCAAACUGAAUAAUUAUUAUGUGACUUUUUCAUCUUAAUGGUAAACUACAGGAGCCUUUAGAUGAUAUGUUACUGCUAUCUUUUUUAUUUUUCAGCAACCAUAAAGCUAGAUUUCAAUCUCUUUCUUGGUGCAUCAUAACAUUGCCAUCCAAAACAAAAAAUAUUGGAUGUUUUGGUGGUCUUUCUUUAUUCAAUUCUGCCUCCAGUGCUUUAGGGAUUCUUUGUUUUGUCAUUAGAAUUUAUAUACAUAAUAUGGGUCCAUACUUUCCAAUUAAUAAUAAAGAUAAUAACUAACACCUCAACAGAUUCAGCUAUAUAUAAGCUAACAAACGAAAUUCACAAGGCAUUAAACAGUAAAAAUUUAAUAGGAGGUAUUUUUUGUGACCUCGAAAAGGCUUUUGACUGUGUCAAUCAUGAGGUCCUGCUGUCGAAAUUGGAAUUCUAUGGUAUAAAAGGUAAAGCAAAGCUAUGGUUUGAAUCAUACUUUAGUAACAGGUAUCAAAGAGUCGUAAUUACUGAUACAAAGCUAAAUCUAAAUGAUUCAUCAACAUGGGGUAAAAUGAGACAUGGAGUCCCACAAGGUUCGAUUUUGGG